CCCCAACAUUUUGCAAAAAGGUUGAAUAAUUAUAGGUUUUGAGAGGUAUGGCUUCCUUCAGUGAACAUUUCUUGCUAAAAUCUUUGAAUCUCUUCACUGGGUAUCUUUUGCGCUUGUUAAGAAAUAUCUAUAAGCCUAGUUCAAAAUCUUUUGGAACCUAAACUAACAAUUGUUGUUGUAGUCAAUGAUGCGGUGCGAAAUUCCCAAAAAGUCCACACAGUAUGGACAAAAGAGCAGAGAAAUCCGUAUUUAUAAGAAAGAGAAAGUUGAAUUUUAUGACCGGAAGGAUUUUGAUCACUUUUGUGACCAAGAGAAGUUCAAGGUCAGAAAGGUGAAGAAGAGAAGGUUUGACAAGACUCCUUCUCCAAUCAAGUUUGACCUUAACAAGGAUUACACCUCACUGUUAUAGACCUCAAAAGUAAAUUUUAUCAGCUAAAUCUGUAUCAUUU